AUGAGUGGUAGGUCAUUUGCAGUUGGGUUCAUGAUCAUGUUCUUGUUCAUGAACCUAACUGGCUACUGUUAUGGAGGUCUUCAGUUCGGGUUCUAUAACGGUAAAUGCGGAGCUUCAGAUGUUGAGGAUAUUGUACGAAAAGUAGUCAUCUCCAAGUUCUUUAACGAUAGAACAAUCACCCCGGCUCUCCUUCGCUUGCAGUUCCAUGAUUGCUUUGUUAAUGGGUGUGAUGGCUCGAUUCUACUAGACGGAACCAACAGUGAGAAGACCGCAUCGCCAAAUUUAAGUGUUAGAGGGUACGAUGUCAUCGAUGCGGCUAAAACUGCGGUGGAAAGGGCGUGCCCUGGAGUCGUUUCUUGUGCUGAUAUAAUUGUUAUAGCUACAAGAGAUGUUGUUUCCUUGAGUGGAGGAGGCAAAUACAAUGUGCAAACAGGAAGAAGAGAUGGAGUUGUAUCUGUUGCACAAAAUGCAUUAAGUCUCCCAUCUCCUUCUAUAUCAGUAUCAAGAGCCAUUCAAGCUUUUGCUAGCAAAGGCCUCACUGCUACUGACAUGAUCUAUCUUCUUGGUGGUCAUACUAUUGGAAUUGCUCAUUGUUCAUUAUUUAGUGAUCGUCUUUACAAUUUCAAUAACACCGGAAAACCUGACCAGACAAUGGAUUUGUCCCUGUUAACAUCGUUGAGGCGUACAUGCCCUCAGGGUGCAACCGUUGAUCGCACUGCAAAUCUUGAUCAAAACCUUUUUAGCUCUCAAGUUGUUGACAAAUCUUUCUAUAGUCAAAUUAUAAAGGGUAGGGGAGUCCUUCAAUUCGAUCAACAAUUGGCAUUGGAUAAUUUGAGUAAGUCGACGGUUGCAGCCAUUGCCGGUUCGUCUGAUUUCACCACCAAGUUUGGUCAAGCCAUGGUUAAGUUGGGUGCCCUCAAAGUUCUUACAGACACACAAGGGGAGAUCAGGAGAUCCUGCCGAUCAGUCAACUCGCAGACUUUGAGUUCUUUGUUGAUUAAUUGAUGAAAAUAAAUUUAAUUUCAUGGGUUUAAUUUAUUACACAUAUGUGUGUGUGCGUGUGUCAUUUUAUUUGAUGAGUUGCACCUCGAUCGACACCUUGAAUACUCGGGUUUCUAUUGUAUUUGUUUAUUCUAUGACUGAUUGAUGUACGUUGUUAUAAACUUUAUGUCAAACAAUAUCAUUCAUAUUUUUACUUUGGAUUUUUGAAAUGAAAUACAUUUA